UGGAAGCACAACAGUGCCGAGUCUGUUUUGGUGGUGCAUGUGGACUUGGCGUCUCUUUUGACAGCACGCACAAAACGCAUCAUUAAUAUUUCAAUUUGCAGCAGCAGUCUUCCGCCAAAUCACUAAAAAAGCUGGACAAAACUACCAGAAAGAAGAGAGUGGUGCUGUCCUUGCGACACAGACGACGGUCGCUGAGAGCCAGGCCGGGGAGGGACCGGGCCACCGAGCGCCGCGCCGCCAUGGAGGGCAGCAUGCAGCUGCUGAGCCGCGACAGCCACAGCGUAUCCCACAAUUCCAAGCGGCACUACCACGACUCCUUCGUCUCCAUGAACAGGAUGCGGCAGCGCGGCCUGCUCUGUGACAUCGCCCUGCACGUGGGCAGCAAGGAGAUCCGGGCGCACAAGGUGGUGCUGGCCUCCUGCAGCCCCUACUUCCACGCCAUGUUCACAAAUGAGAUGUCGGAGAGCCAGCAGACCCAUGUGACCCUCCACGACAUCGACCCCCAGGCCCUGGAGCAGCUGGUGCAGUACGCCUACACGGCCGAAAUCGUGGUCGGGGAGGGCAACGUCCAGACGCUGCUCCCGGCCGCCAGCCUCCUGCAGCUGAACGGCGUGCGGGACGCCUGCUGCAAGUUCCUCCUCAGCCAGCUGGACCCGUCCAACUGCCUGGGCAUCCGCGGCUUCGCCGACACGCACUCCUGCAGCGACCUGCUCAAGUCCGCCCACAAGUACGUGCUGCAGCACUUCGUGGAGGUCUCCAAGACCGAGGAGUUCAUGCUGCUGCCGCUCAAACAGGUGCUGGACCUGAUCUCCAGUGACAACCUCAACGUCCCGUCAGAGGAGGAGGUGUACAGGGCCGUGCUCAGCUGGAUCAAACACGACAUCGACGGGCGUCGGCAACACGUGCCCAGGCUGAUGAAGUGCGUGCGGCUGCCGCUGCUGACGCGGGACUUCCUGAUGAGCCACGUGGACACGGAGCUGCUGGUGCGCCACCACUCAGAGUGCAAGGACCUGCUGAUCGAGGCCCUCAAGUACCACCUGAUGCCCGAGCAGAGGGGCGUGCUGAGCAACAGCCGUACCCGCCCGCGCCACUGCGAGGGGGCCUGCCCCGUGCUCUUCGCUGUGGGAGGGGGAAGCCUGUUCGCCAUCCAUGGAGACUGCGAGGCCUACGACACCCGGACGGACCGCUGGCACAUGGUGGCGUCCAUGUCGACGCGACGGGCACGGGUGGGCGUGGCCGCCAUAGGGAACAAGCUCUACGCAGUCGGCGGGUAUGACGGCACCUCUGACCUGGCCACCGUAGAGUCGUACGAGCCCGUGACGAACUCCUGGCAGUCCGAGGUUUCCAUGGGAACACGGCGCAGCUGCCUGGGUGUGGCGGUUCUGCACGGCUUGCUGUACGCUGCCGGGGGUUACGACGGAGCUUCCUGCCUAAACAGUGCUGAGAGAUACGACCCCCUGACCAGCUCUUGGACCUCAGUGGCAGCCAUGAGCACCAGGAGGAGAUAUGUUCGUGUGGCCACUCUGGAUGGCUGUCUGUAUGCGGUUGGUGGAUAUGACAGCUCCUCGCACUUAGCAACAGUAGAAAAAUAUGACCCGCAGAGCAACGCCUGGACCGCCAUCGCCAGCAUGCUCAGCCGUCGGAGCAGCGCGGGUGUGGCCGUGCUGGAGGGCAUGCUCUACGUCGCCGGGGGCAACGACGGAACCAGCUGCCUCAACUCGGUGGAGAGGUACAACCCUAAGACCAACACGUGGGAGAGCGUGGCUGCCAUGAACAUCCGCAGGAGCACCCACGACCUGGUGGCCAUGGACGGCUGGCUGUUCGCGGUGGGCGGCAACGACGGCAGCUCUAGCCUCAACUCCAUCGAGAAGUACAACCCGCGCAGCAACAAGUGGGUGGCGGCCUCCUGCAUGUUCACCCGCCGCAGCAGCGUGGGCGUGGCCGUGCUGGAGCUGCUCAACUUCCCCCCGCCCUCCUCCCCGACCCUCUCCGUCUCCUCCACCAGCCUCUGACUACGGCUCAAGUCCCGCCUCACCUCCGCCGGCCUGCACUGCCUGUCCAAGAGGCGCAACUGCUCCGUCUGACCUCCAGGGUGGAGGACAGCGCCCGGGUAGCAGCGCAGGACCGGUGUCCGUAGAAACCGUUACCGUGGAGAUCCCUUCUCCUCUGGAAGAGGGUGCUCACAUUCCUCAGUCCAGGUGAUUUUAAUGGGGAUAUCUACCCCCGUUCCCCUGACCUCACCACGUCCCUGCGCUUAAGGGGCGAAAACUUUCACUCGACUCCUGCUGUCAUUGUCUGUUUUUCCGUGCACAGUUGUCCUCAACUUUUAGCCUCUCUCUAUCUCUCUGGCCAGUUCUAUCAUGCAUGUUUUCUGAAAUUGUAUCCUGGCGGCAUGUUAAGCUGCAGUUCUGCCUUAUAACACUAGGUGGCAGUAAUACACAGUGUUUAUGGUUGAGACGGUGAAGGUGAAAUGCAGCUGUUGGGAGGGGAAAAAAGCUUACGAAAGCAAGUCCAGUUGAACAAGUUACAUGAGGUCAAACAAAAACUGAAACAGCCAUAACAAUAAUUAAAGCACGCUGUACAUAAAGUAUGUACACCGGUAUAUGUUUCACAAUGAAUUUUAAAAUUUCAGUAGCAGAUUAUGAGUUCUCUAAAAAUCAUGCUCCCCAUGGAGGAGUUUGAUAUUUGUUGUGUUAUUUUCAUAUCAGAGAUAGCAAAUCACUGGAGUGGACUUCUAGCAGGCAUUGUAUGGAAAUAAGUGAGAACUCAGAGACAAUGAAUGUUGGGGAACAAAUGACAAAGGAAAGUCUUCUAAAUGCCUUCAGCAUUUCCACAUGGAUUAUAAAGUGUGAGUGAUGUAAAUCUUACAUGUGAUGUUCGUCCGCGCAUAUCAAGUUUAUUAAGAGUAAAAUGAGCAUUUUGCACAUUGAUGGAUCUGAACGGUUUCCCCCUUACGCAGAUCAGAGUCAGGACAGUAAUACUAAAAUAAUCAUACGCAAUGUAAUUUUCAGUUUUCGAACUCCAUUUUCAGUUUCACAAUGACAGUGUCAUUAAAAAUGUUUUUUUUUUUUUCCUGUGACGUGGUGAUCAUGUGCUGGAGGUACAUCAGCAUCGCCCAUAUGAACAGCAUUAAAGAUACUGCUGCUGGGUAGGGUUCAAGCAUCGACCACAGACUGCCUACACUAAUCACCCAGUCUGUCCCCUUUCAUUUACUUGGUUAUUUUUUGUCUCUCAGUAUUCCAUCAUGACAUUACCUUACUGACAUUUAGCAGAUGCUCUUAUCUAGAGGGACUUACACAGGUUACAA